GCCCUGGCCAUUAACAACAUCUGUGUGCUUGUGUGCUGUGUAUACCAGCAAAUAAAUUUUUUAGCGGCGGCGUAGGCAGCGCACUGCUUCUCGUUUUCUUAAUCUACAUAAAUCAUUUUGUCGUUAGUAAUUAUAUUUGUUUAUAUAUAUUUAAUGGAUGCAAGGUGCAAGAUCUAUGCGAAAUCAGAACGCAAAUGAAAAAUUGCAAUCGUUUUGUUUAAAAUUGGGACGCGUAGCAAGGAAGCACGAAUACACCGUUACCUAUGGGAGAGGAAAAGACAGAUUCUCGGGAGACAAUUGCUGGAACUUCUUUGAUCAAUCAAGCGGACGGGGACGCUGACUGCGACGGCAACAGCGACGUCAAGAGCUCGAAGAAGAAGAGCAGCAGCGGCAGCAAAAGUACAAAAAGAAGACAACCAACUGAGCAAUCUGAAAAAAUAGACAACAAUGUCAAAGAGAAUUCAAGAACAAAAACAAAUGAAACAAAAUCUGGUAGCAAAAAAAGUAACAGCACAAUUGGUAACGGAGAUGCAUUAAACGAAGUUGGCAACUCUGCUGACGAACAACAAGAACAGCAAAGUAUUGUAGAAGAGAAAGAAGAGAAGCCAGCAUUUAAAAUAAGCAUUGUGCCGCUAGAGAAACUCUUGGCACAGCCGGACAGCAGCAGCAAUAACGCUCGAUCAACACGCAACUCGGCGAACGUCAGAACGCCAAAAGCAAACUCAGACUCAAAGAUUCUCAGUGUUCGAUCGUCACGUCGCAGCCGGAACAAUAACGUUUCCAUUGUAGAGCUGAGUGACAGUGAAGACGACACGGAUGAAGAAGACAUCAUAGUGCGAAAUCCAAUACGAGCUCGUCAAACACGCACCAAUUCAACAUCCUCCAGCACCAGCUCCAAUAACAAGACGAAGAGCAAAGUGAGUGGAAAGAAGCCGCCGGUGAAUAAGAAGAGUUUGCUCAGCAAACUGCUGAUCGAUAGCGAUAGCAGCACUCUCAACGAGGAGCCAAUUAAAAGAACGCUGCGUCGUUGUGUUGUGCGCAUCCAGCGCACGAAGCUGCCUACGAAGCCGCCAGCAACAGUAGCCGAAGUCGAAGCCGAACCAGAAGUCAAAGCAUCCGAAAAAACAACAAACAAAGCAGCUGCAAAAGCAAAGACAGUCGAAACAACAGCAAGCAAGGCAGCAGCUAAAGCAAAAACAGCCGAAAAAGUAACAACAAAAGCACCGGAAGCAAAAGUCGAAGUCUCCAACGACAUCGACAACGGAAAGAAAUCGGAUUCGAAGCGAAGGAUGAGCACAGAUACAGAGAUGGAAAAAGCGAGCACUUCAAAGCGCAAUCGACGUGAGAAAAGCGCCAGUGAUAGCGACAACGAUUCUGAUUACAAAGAUGCACUAGAUGAUCAGGCGGAAUCGGAACAAGAUAGCGACGAUAAACAAAACAAAUCCGAUGUCGAAGCUGAGGCUGAAGAGGAGGCUGCUCAUAGCAGCGGCAGCGAGGUGAUGCCGCAACGCAAACGUCGCACGUUUGCGGGCAAAAAGGAUGCGGGUGGCUCUGCAAAUGAUUCAUCUGAUUUUGAACCCGAGGACAAGAAAAAUAAAAAGAAACGGAGACGAAUUAAAAAGAAUUCCAGCGGCGAAAGCGAUGACGAUGAGAAGAACAAGAACAAGCGCAAGCACAUUCGUAAAAUUAUCAAAACUAAAGACUUGGAUCUGAGCACCAAGGAGGCGGCCAAAGAGGAGGAUGAUCGACGCAAACGCAUCGAGGAGCGCCAAAAGCUCUAUAAUCGAAUUUUUGAAAAAUCUGAGAGUGUGGAAAUCAACGAGCUAGUGCUCGACUUCGACGAGGACUCCAAGAAGGCGCUACUGCAAGUGGACAAGGGUCUGCUGAAGAAGCUGAAACCCCAUCAGGUGGAUGGCGUGAAGUUCAUGUGGGAUGCUUGCUUCGAGACGCUAAAGGAGAGCGAGAAGAACUCCGGCUCCGGUUGCAUUCUGGCCCAUUGCAUGGGUCUGGGCAAGACCUUGCAGGUGGUUACCUUGUCGCACACGCUGCUCAUCAAUACGCGACGCACGGGCGUGGAACGUGUAUUGGUCAUCUCACCACUAAGCACUGUGAACAAUUGGGCGCGGGAGUUUGUGCAUUGGAUGGGAUUUGCUCAUCGACGUGACAUUGAGGUAUAUGACAUUUCCAAAUACAAGGAUAAACCGACGCGCAUCUUCAAGUUGCACGAAUGGUUCGAGGAGGGCGGCGUCUGCAUUCUGGGCUAUGAUAUGUAUCGCAUUCUGGCCAACGAGAAGGCCAAAGGAUUGCGCAAAAAGCAACGCGAGCAGCUGCAGCAGGCACUCGUUGAUCCGGGGCCAGAUCUAGUUGUUUGCGACGAGGGACAUUUGCUGAAGAACGAGAAGACUUCGAUUAGCAAAGCGGUCACCCGGAUGCGCAGCAAACGGCGCAUUGUUCUCACUGGCACGCCGCUCCAAAACAAUCUCAAAGAAUACUAUUGCAUGAUUCAGUUCGUGAAGCCCAAUCUGCUGGGCACCUACAAGGAGUAUAUGAAUCGGUUUGUCAAUCCCAUUAGCAAUGGCCAGUACACUGAUUCCACAGACCGCGAUCUGCGUCUGAUGAAGCAUCGGUCGCAUAUUCUGCACAAGCUGCUCGAGGGUUGCAUUCAACGGCGUGAUUACUCAGUGCUGGCUCCUUAUUUGCCACCCAAGCACGAAUAUGUGGUGUACACCACGUUGUCAGAGUUGCAGCAGCAGCUGUAUGGCUACUACAUGACUACGCAUCGGGAUCAGGCCAGCUCCGAUAUCUGUGGCAAGGGAGCGCGACUGUUUCAAGAUUUUCAAGACUUGCGACGCAUCUGGACGCAUCCGAUGAAUCUGCGCGUGAACAGCGACAAUGUUAUUGCUAAGCGUCUGCUCAGCAACGAUGACUCCGAUGAAAUGGAAGGUUUCAUAUGUGACGAAUCCGAGGAGGAGGACGCCGCUUCGAAUUCAUCGGACAGCGGCGAGUCCUUUAAGUCGGAUGCUAGCUUAACGCUUGUUUCAAACGAUGCCGCUGGCGGCAGCAAAGUCAAGAGUCGUAAGACCCGCAAUGGUGUACGCUCUGGUAUGGUGGAUAGCGAUUCGGAUGUGGAGCUGCUGAGCGGACCAGCUGUGCAGAAGGAUGAUCCAUCCGAGUGGUGGAAGCCAUUUGUCGAGGAGAAAGAGUUGAACAACGUUAAUCAUUCCCCCAAGCUACUCAUCCUAUUGCGAUUGUUGCAACAGUGCGAGGCCAUCGGUGACAAGCUGUUGGUCUUCUCGCAGUCCCUGCAAUCUCUCGAUGUCAUCGAGCAUUUUCUCUCUCUGGUGGAUAGCAACACCAAGGGCUACGAGUUUGAGGGCGAUGUGGGUAACUUUAAGGGCUGCUGGUCACCUGGCGAGGAUUACUUUCGUUUGGACGGAUCAUGCAGCGUGGAACAGCGUGAAGCCAUGUGUAAGAAGUUCAACAAUGCAACCAACUUACGUGCACGUCUCUUUCUCAUUUCGACACGUGCUGGCGGAUUGGGUAUUAAUCUAGUGGCUGCCAAUCGUGUGGUCAUCUUUGAUGUCUCCUGGAAUCCCUCACAUGACACUCAGAGCAUCUUUCGUGUGUAUCGCUUCGGUCAGGUGAAGCCCUGUUACAUUUAUCGUUUGAUUGCCAUGGGCACAAUGGAGCAGAAGGUCUACGAACGUCAGGUGGCCAAGCAGGCAACGGCUAAGCGUGUGAUCGAUGAGCAGCAAAUCUCUAGGCAUUACAAUCAAACGGAUCUAAUGGAAUUGUACACGUAUGAGCUGAAGCCGAGCGUUGAACGAGAAAUGCCUUUGCUGCCCAAAGAUCGUUUGUUUGCCGAACUGCUGACAGAGCAUGAGAAUCUGAUAUUUAAGUACCACGAGCACGACUCGUUGCUCGAACAGGAGGAGCACGAGAAUCUGACCGAAGAGGAGCGCAAGUCCGCUUGGGCCGAGUACGAGGCAGAGAAGACGCGUGCCGUCCAAGCAUCUCAGUACAUGAGCUACGAUCGUAACGCCUUUGGAGCGACGGUAGCCAGUCAGUUUGGUAAUGCGUCUGGCAGUGUGACCUCCAAUAAGAUCUUUGGCUUUCGCUCCGAUAUUCUGCUGCAGUUGCUAAACAUGAAGAUAUCCAAAGACCAUCCGGAAUUAACUCAGAAUCAGGUUAUACAGCUAGUGCCUAGCUAUCUGCAGCAACUGUACAAUGAGAUGAACAAUGGAGAUCCGACCAUGUACAAGGACCUGCUGCAGCUGCACACGCACAUCGUGCAUCCCAGCGGCAUGUACAUGAAUCCAUUGCUUUAUGCCAAUCAGCAUCCAUCGGCAGCGGGCUACAAUCAAGGCACUGGACAAGCAGUUGAUGGAGCUGCUGCUGCGCCAAACGCAGCAAAUGCAACGGGUUUUGAGGCGGACAAGGUAUACGAAAUUGAUUAGAUGUCGGAAAUCAGAGGAAUAUACAAUGAUGAUGCGCACACUGAUUGAGUUUGGAUGGAUAACAAAAGCGAUUACUUCAUUUACACACAUGUGUGGUUUUUUUUUUCGAUUUCGAUUUAAUGUUAGUUAAUGGAUAUCUUUUCAUUGGAAACCUAAAUCGAGUCGCGCGAACUCCCUUUGUUUUCU